UUUCUCUUCCUCCUACCUGAGCUCCUGAAACUGGAUAGGGGAGGUGCCCUUCACUCUCUAAUCACUGCCUUUGCUUCUGUUUUAGUGCCAACAAUAUGCCCAAGCAGGUCGAAGUGCGAAUGCAUGACAGCCACCUGACUUCUGAGGAGCCCAAGCACCGGCACCUGGGCCUGCGCUUGUGUGACAAGCUGGGGAAGAACCUGCUGCUCACACUGACGGUGUUGGGUGUCAUCCUAGGGGCAGUAUGUGGAGGGCUUCUUCGUUUGGCAUCCCCUAUCCACCCUGAUGUGGUUAUGUUAAUAGCCUUCCCAGGGGAUAUACUCAUGAGGAUGCUAAAAAUGCUUAUUCUCCCUCUAAUCAUCUCCAGCUUAAUCACAGGACUGUCGGGCCUGGAUGCUAAAGCCAGUGGCCGCUUAGGCACGAGAGCCAUGGUGUAUUACAUGUCCACAACCGUCAUCGCUGCUGUGCUAGGGGUCAUCCUGGUCUUGGCCAUCCACCCAGGGAAUCCCAAACUCAAGAAGCAACUGGGGCCUGGGAAGAAGAACGAUGAAGUGUCCAGCCUGGAUGCCUUCCUGGACCUAAUUAGAAAUCUCUUCCCUGAAAACCUUGUCCAAGCCUGUUUUCAACAGAUACAAACAGUGACAAAGAAAGUCUUGGUGGCACCUAAGUCAGAAGAGGAGGCCAAUGCAACCAGUGCCAUUGUCUCCCUGCUGAACGAGACUGUGACUGAGGCACCUGAGGAAACGAAGAUGGUCAUCAAGAAGGGCCUGGAGUUCAAGGAUGGGAUGAAUGUCUUAGGUCUGAUAGGGUUUUUCAUUGCUUUUGGCAUCGCCAUGGGGAAGAUGGGAGAGCAGGCCAAGCUGAUGGUGGAAUUCUUCAACAUUUUGAAUGAGAUCGUAAUGAAGUUAGUGAUCAUGAUUAUGUGGUACUCUCCCCUGGGUAUUGCCUGCCUAAUUUGUGGGAAGAUCAUUGCAAUCAAGGACUUGGAGGUGGUUGCUAGGCAACUGGGGAUGUACAUGGUAACGGUGAUUGUGGGCCUCAUCAUCCAUGGGGGCAUCUUUCUCCCCUUGAUUUACUUUCUAGUGACAAGGAAAAACCCUUUCUCCUUUUUUGCUGGCAUUUUCCAAGCGUGGAUCACUGCCCUGGGGACUGCUUCCAGUGCUGGAACUUUGCCAGUCACUUUUCGUUGCCUGGAAGAAAAUCUGGGGAUUGAUAAGCGCGUGACCAGGUUUGUCCUCCCUGUGGGAGCAACGAUUAACAUGGAUGGCACAGCCCUUUAUGAAGCGGUGGCCGCCAUCUUUAUAGCCCAAAUGAAUGGUGUUGUCCUGGACGGAGGUCAGAUUGUGACUGUGAGCCUCACGGCCACCCUGGCGAGCGUUGGUGCCGCCAGCAUCCCCAGUGCCGGGCUGGUCACCAUGCUCCUCAUUCUGACUGCUGUGGGCCUGCCCACGGAGGACAUCAGCCUGCUGGUAGCUGUGGACUGGCUGCUGGACAGGAUGAGAACUUCAGUCAAUGUCGUGGGUGACUCUUUUGGGGCUGGAAUUGUCUAUCACCUCUCUAAGGCUGAGCUGGAUUCCAUUGACUCCCAGCACCAAGUGCAUGAAGAUAUUGAAAUGACCAAGACUCAAUCCAUUUAUGACGAUAUGAAGAACCAUAGGGAAAGCAACUCUAAUCAAUGUGUUUAUGCUGCACACAACUCUGUCAUAGUAGAUGAGUGCAAGCAUGUUGCGUGUGCUCAUAAUGCAUGUAUUUCACUUUCACGUGGGUAAGAAGAAGGUCAAAUUUCUUUCAAACAUUGCUGCGUUUGUCAUGUCUCCAUAUCCCAAUGCUUCCAUAAAUCCAGUCUCUCCAUUAUGUGGAAUAUCAGUCGUGGGUUUAAGUUUGCACAUGACGUUGAGGACAGACAGACAGAAGGUAAGCUAGGAAAACUACAUAGAAGUGGAGGGGAAAACUUCCCAUUCUGUGUAAGGGUUCAGUUUGCUUUGAGCCAGGGAAACAUGAUAUAGACAGUUUGGUGGUUAUAUAUGAUUACUAGAUACCGACACUGAAAUAAUUUAGAUAUACAAGGUCACUGAUCUCAGGCUUUUAAUCCUCCUCUCUUAAAAAAAAAAAAAAAAAAAAAAAUCUUUAAAGCCUAGACAGCUUAUUUGGCAGAGCUAAACCUUGUGUGAUUUCUGAUUUUAAAACUGGGCAUGUGUAUAACCCACCUGGCCUCAUUGUAACUGAACCUUUCCCAUGCAUGAGUAGAACUAGCUGCCUCAUUCUGGAUUUGUUCUCUGGGGUUGUACGGAGUAGCACAUGGACACUCUUUUCUAAGGAUUGUGUUAUUGUGUGAUGGGUCUGUGGGUAAUUAGACACCCCCACAACCCUAAAAGCAUAGUAGAAGUUAACUGCCCAAAUUGUGAAGUAUCUGUAGUCUCUCGAUACUACUGAGGCAAACAUGUACAUUUUAAUGUUCAUGAAUCAGUGUUGAAAACCAAGAUAGGUUCAAAACUAAUUUGAAAGGGACGACAUUUAAAGCAAUAUUCAAGUGAUACGGUCUAGCCCUACAUCUGGUGCUCCUCCACAUAACCCAUGGAAUUUUUUUUUCUAGUUCAUGGCCUGUAAGCUAGAUGUUGAUGAUAAUUAUUUUCAGGUAACUCUGGCAGCCAACGGAAAGUCAGCCGACUGCAGUGUUGAGGACGAGCCUUGGAAACGUGAAAAAUAAGGAUAUGACUCUCAGCAAAUUCUUGAAUAAACUCCCCAGCGUAUCUUAUGGUAAAAAAUGAUAUAAUGAUUAAACAAGCUUUCUUUAAAGAAGGAAAAAAACCCACAGAUAUUUCUAUGUUUACUUAAUCUGUUAGCUGAGGCUUAGAGGCGCUGUUGUGAGUCGGUCAUGAUAGGCACGGUGCUGUGUCUUUGCCAAAUAAUGCUGCAUAACUGUCUAAUUCUCUCACUUGUAUUAUUGUUUGAAUGGAUGCUGCUGGAGGAGUCAGUUUGAAUCGAAGACACAUUCUUGCCAGCUUCCCCUUUCUCUCGAGAUGCAGAACGUGGAUGCUCUUUUCCCAGGGGACACAGCUGAAGCAGUGUGGUACACUCCAGGGACUCGGGAUAAUGAGCAAACACACAGUAUAUUAUUCCUUAAAGUAUUCUCCAUGUCUCGUCUUGUUACGCACAAUAGAUUUUGUUAGAAGUCUCUAGAAGUCAUUUCCCUUAAAAGUCUUGUAGAGUUUGGCACCUGUGUUGAUUAAAAGCAAGCCCCUGUCUUAGGGAACUCUGACAGUUUAUUUUCUGUAGCCUCUUUAAGCUAAAUGUUUCAACGUUUUAGUGGGAGCCAUAGUCUUAAAGGAAGUUGAUUAUGGAGCUCACUGCGUCUCUCUACCCUACUCUAUCUGGUUUGUGUGAAUAAUUAUUGAAAAUUCGAAGUAUGUUUAUAAUUAGUGGUAAAUAUGAUAAUGGUUAGGAAGUAAUUUACAUAUGACCACUGUAUAUAUUGGCAAAAAUAAAGAAGCACAGUCAAUAUAAAUUUUAACCAGAUUCAUCUAUAAAAAUUCAUAUAUAUUUGGUUUACGUUCACUUGGAAUAGUGAAAUCAAGUGAGAUUAUUAGAUCUCUAUUUCACUUUCUUGUUUUGCCCCUAAGAUCCUUCUUUGGGUUCUAACAAAAGAGACACUUUUAAUCCCCAUCUUGUUCAGUGAUAUUCUCAUCAGCCUAGAAGGCCUAAUCAUUUUACUCUCCUUACAUAUGGAGGAUAGUUGUGUUGGCUGUGCAUCUUUUAAUUCCGUGUCUUAAAAAACAAAAAACUAAUAUUUAUCUAAUAUGCAGAAAGCUUUUUGUUACAUUGUAUCAAAGCACAUAAAACUAGUUACAGGACACAGUUGGAAGCAGAGCCAGUCUUCUUCUCUAAUCUUCUCUGUGCAAAAGAACAGAAAACAAGCAUGUGCAAAAUCGUAUAAAGGUGACAUUCCUAUGGCAGAGUCUAAACAGCCUUAAACCGUGAAGUGGGAUGACUGUACACAACUCAAUAUAGGCGAUCUUUUCAAGGCUGUGAAAGUUAGAAGGAAUAAACCAUAUAUAACUGGAGAAGCACAAUGCCUUGCAUGCUGUAGGCACCCAGUGAAUUCUUAUUGAUUGAUUAUGCAAACUAAAUUUUUUAAUGUCUCUGCUAUCAUUUACUAUUGAAUAGCCCGCAGUAUUUUCCUAGGUUGCUGGGUUUGAGAGUUUGUUGAGGACCUGAACGUGAAUAAUUGAGAAAUAUAGCACAUUUGACUCUAAGGAGUACGUAGAACUUGGCCCACACGUGGGAGUAGGGUGUGUUAUCCAAAGCGAGCAGAUGGAUGCUGAGAUAUUCAUGAACAGUCAGAGAACGCAAAUUCUCUGAGGUGAGGUGUUAUUGACAUCACGUACCAUUUAUUACCUACUCCUUCUGACUCCUCUCUUCUAACUCAGACACCUUUGAAACAUACAAGAGACAUGAGUUUCAGUUGUUCUUGUCUCUUAAACACGUUAUUUUUGGAAAAGGAUCACUAUCGAGCAGUAUUAAGCAGCUUUUUUUUUUUUUUAAAAAAAAAAAAAGAAUGGCAUUGGUUUUCAUUUUCAUUAGCUGCCAAGUUACCAAGUGGCUGAGGAUGUGCUGAAAUGUAGUAGUGGAAAAUGCAUCCUUUAGAGCAGACCUUGUGGGCUAAGGGGACCUGGAUUUAGCUGUGAAACUGGUAAGGGUUGUCUUAACUCAAGUGGUGCUCUGAAGAGCAUGUUUAUGGUGAGUAGAAGGAUCUAGACAAAGCAUCUAGGAGUUGUUGAAGGCCAGCUUCGUGCUUGUAUACACUGACGUGUUUCUCAAUGAGUGGUCAAACCCUGAAUCCCAAAAUGUAUUUCCAGAGGAUUGUCUUCCCAGCACUCUGCCUGAAAGUCUUUCCAGUUUGUUUAUCUUCAGUUUUUUUCCUUAGCCGUCCUGUUAGCCAAUAAAUAUAUAAAGGGACAAUAUGUUCAAAAGAAAUAAGGUGCAUAAAGGUUAACAAAGCAGGCUUUUUUAAUUUCAGACUCUGCAGUUAAGUCUCAUGAAAAUAUACUUAGGAAAUCACACUUAGCUGGAAAUGCAAUAAAUCAUAUUAAAAAUAAACAAUUUCUAAAAUUCAGGACUAGCAUGAAAAUUCAGGAUGUAUGUAGAGCUGAUGUAUGAAUAUAUGCUCUGGUUUUUUAGGCCUAAUUUAUUCUUCCCAUGCCACACCCAUUGGGGUUUCCUUGCCCAGCAUAUGUGCCAUAAACAGAACAAAUGAAUCCAGAGUAUACCUCUAGUGACCUUUUUGUAAAUGGGGUAUGUAUAACCUGUCAGUUAUAUGCAGAGAUUUAUAUUAAUAGAUCCAACACAGAUAUGAAUGCUUGUAAUAGUCCAUUAAUAUACGAUAAUGCAUACAUGUUAUAUUUACAUACAGACAUAGCAGGCCGGAUAGAUACAUGCACUGCAUCGUGUAAGAGGAAACCGGCCUGUAAGUCAGUGCUUUGGCAUCACCAUUGCGUUUUAGACUCAUUCAGCUCCUUAUAGGGAAUCAGAGAAUCGUUUCAGGAGUAAACCAACUAAGUCAACUUUUAAUCCUUCCCUUUCUCAUUUUUGCCCUUUGGGGAACCCAAGUGGAAUCUCCAUGUGAUUACUAAAAUCCAGUGGAUCAAAUCCCAACAGUAAGAAGAAUGAAUUGUCUCUCAAGGUAAUGCUUUACCGCAGAGCUUUCAGGAUGUGCCUGUCUCUGCGCUGCGCAGAGCAAGGAGCCCUGGUGGCACAGUGGUUGAGUGCUUGACUGCUAACUGAAAGGUCAGCAGUUUGAACCCACCAGCAGCUGCUCCCGUAAAGAUUUCUGCCUUGGAAACCCUAUGGGGGCGGUUCUACUCUGACCUGUAGGCUUGCUAUGAGUCAGAAUUGACUUGAUGGCACAGAACUGCAACAACAUGUAAAAAGCAUCAGAGACUCAAGGCGAUCAUCUAGAUUGUACAGAUCCUCAAUACGGGACUUCAGGUGACAAUGUCUGUGCCAAAUAACUAUCAGAUUCAAUCUUUUACUUCAUUUUGGGUGUGGAAAGACAGCCUAUAGUCUCGUUGCCUGAGGAAGGUACCAUGCCCCCCAAUAGACAAAUAUUUACUUCUUCUCUCUAACCACUAGUCAGCCUAGAUGUUUGUGAAAGCCUAAAGAAAGAGUGCCAAGAUGCCUAGCUCCUGGAUUUAGUUGUGGAAGCUGAGAAAGGCUUAGCGGAAAUUCAGCUCACAGGGAGAUAUACUCCUGUUAGGUGAUGCCAGGAAUCACAAUGACCAUUUGAUUAGAGGAUCUCUGGCAUUUCCACUAGCGCAUGGGGAAGUAUGCCGUUUGCAAAUUUGUCUAGUCUAGAAGCCCUUUCAGAGUGGAUGGGUGGGGUAAUCAUCUACUGGGCCCAAAAAGGAAACCCAAUCCUGUCAUGUUUUUGCAAACCAUACCUCCCUUUGCUCUCCGUAGCAAAAGUUAUGUUUUAAUUUUUCACUUUUGUCGGAAUCAAGGUUUCUACCUGUGUAAUAUUUUCCCAUUAAAUACAGCAAUAAAUACAAGUAGUGAUGUACAUGUCUCCAUAGUUCAGACUCUUGAUAAACAAGUCUCAGCAGCGCUCGCCUGGUUUGAUGACUAAAAGUACUCAGCGUUUACACCCAGUGGAGGUGGUUCUUCUUGCCUAGCUGCUCUUUAACUCUUGGGACCAUGCAGCUGUCUGGGUCGCUGGUUUAGCUUUGCUUAUUCUCCAAUUAAACUCAUUCCAAGCCAAGAAGAAGGACCAAAUGGAAUUUUCAAUGACUGUGAUUCUUGCUCUUUGAAUAAGGUUAUAGGUGCUGGGGGUCUAAGAAGAUUAAAGUAAAACAAAGAGCUUGAAAGAAUUCUAAAGUGAGAGUUUUGUAAAUCUAGUUGUUAGGGAAGAUUUGUGGUCUCACUGUCUGGGGUAAUUUCUUCCAGCUAAAACCUAGUAGAAGGGCCAGUGAGUGCCAACUCCAUCAGGUGGCACAACAGGCAGAUUGUUCUCGCUGGGUGAAAUGAGUUAGAAGCUUCUCCUGCAACAUUUGCUUGUGGUUUCCCCUAAGGAAAAACCCAACUUCCUCCUCCUUUCUUCUUAUUCCACUCAUCAUUGCUGCUUCUUAAGAGACAACUCUGUGAACGACCAUAUUACGUUAGUACGAGGGUUGGCUUUAGAAUAGAUGACAGGAAAGCUUAAUUAGAUAAUAUAUAAACUUCAUAGCAUAAAACAGCAAAUUCAGAUCAUGACAUAGAGAUGAUGAGGAGCACCAUGAUUUGGUGGAAGAAACAUCUGGAUUAGACUCAGCCAAUUUUUAGCUAUGUGACUUACAUGAGUCACUUUACCUCUGAACCUCAUUUUUUCCCAUUUGUAAAGCAAAGAGGGUGAAUUAAAUGAUUAAAACCUCCUUCCAGCUCUAAGAACCCAUGGUGUUGUGAUUCCGGCUUUAAUUUAUUCUUUCUUAAGGGCUUACUACCACAGAAUAGUACUUAUAUUUUAAGUUGGAGGGGCCCACAAUAGUUACUAAUCAAUUUAAAUUUUUCUCAUUCCCUUUGGGGGAAAUUAAAUUCAAGCUUCUAUUCACUUGAUUUUUUGCAACAAAGUUGGAAGAUGGCCAUGUUAAUCCACAGCUUGGUGUUUUGGGACACAGACAGACAUCCUUUUAUAAAAUUGCCCUUUACGUAAACUCACCGUCCUAAUACAAGUAGCGAUUUAGCUCAGGGAAGAAUGCACGUGCCUAGUGUCACCCCGAGAGGACUGGACGAGUGUACAGCCUCACCCAACCUCUUGCAUCAUUUGUGCUGUUGCAACAGAGCCCACUCUGAAUACCCAAAACACACAGUUUUUCUCCAAACAGUCCUAACUGCCAAGACAGUAUGGGAAUUUGGGAGCCUUUGGCAAAUAAACUUGGACACUCUUAAGAAAUUUGGUGCAAGACUUAGACAGUAAUAACAACUGUCUGUAAAUACUUUUCCUCCCCCACUUAUGUGCAUUCAUGCAUAGCCAUUUACAGGUGAGCCCGGCCCAAGUCCCUUCUUUGGAGAGAUAUGCAGGAAUGUUUGAUGGAAUUCAUUUUCCAGUUUUCCUCCUGGUUUGCUUUUUGAUGGGCAUCACAUCACGCAUAGAAAAGCUUUAACUUACUGCAAUGGAGUUUUGCUGACUACCAUUGCACCCUUCAAUGCCUGAGGAGUUCUAGGGUGGAUGGCUUUGGGGAUCAUUUCAGGAAAUCCAUGGUCUGCAAGUGCAUGUCACCAGCCGUGAUCUUUGAACAACCUCUUGUGCUUUCUGGCACUGCUGCAGCGGGCCAUUGCUUUCAUCGUUGCUCUUUGUCUGGACUUCUGCUAAGUACAGAAUAGAGUUGAUGUUGUGUUGUGCGUACCUUCAUUACCAGUAAAGACUUUGGUUCUUUAGAUAUGAGGGUGCCAGAUGUUAAGCUAGGUAGGAUUAAAAAGAUGUUUUUUUUUCCCCAUUAGUGCAGCAAGAUAAAGACUUUCUUAAUUGACCCAUCUAAGAACUUAUAGAAAAGUGAGAGGAUUCCCUAAGUUCUUAUUUCAUUCACCCUAAAUAGCAUCCUGAGUAAUUCCUCAUCUGUCAGUUCUUUGUUUUUCCCCCUUUGUCCAGCCUUGCUUCGCUUUCCUACCUCUGGCCAAAUAUCCAUUUCUAUUUUUAAAAGUCUUUCUGAUUAUUAGGUAGGGCCCUUUGUGCUGAGAAUAAAAUCUGCUACUGGAAUAGAUCCCACCGUUCAGCAGUCAUCACUUGACCAAGAGAGUGGGUAGCAACAGGUGCCCAGUUCCCCUAGAGACACCUCCAGUCCCUGGGUGAGUGUUGGAACUAGCAACUGACUGUGAGCCUUGUUAGCAUCCCCAGUGGAGACGGGAUGAUGCAGUCAGAGCCUUGCUCCUUCUGGGGCUUUGUUUCUUCCCCUGGCAACCAUUUAGCCUGCCUGGAAACGGCUUGAUGCCUUUGUAGGCGAGAAACGCACACACUAUUACUAACCAAGGAGGUUGGUCCAGCACAUCUCUGAAGUUUCUCCCCCAUGGAGAGAAUUCCCUGAAAUGUGUGAUCAGAAAGCUAUUUGCUUAAUAUUCUGUAAGAGUUCAUUUUCUUACUAGAAACUCACCUUUUGGCAUCUAGAUUUUUCUGCCAAUCACCUUAAUGUCCUCUCUUCCUCCUUCCCCUGGAAAACCUCAGCAUUGGGUCUCCAUGCUUCACGGCAUGGAUCAGAUUAUCUGAUCACUGUAGAGACUGUAUAUAAAAUGCUACUUUUGUGAGGAUUUUUGUAUAUUGUUUUUCUAUUUGUUUUCUACAGUUUGAGGGGAGAGCUGGCAAACUGUGAGUCUAAUUUGAUCUUGCUGCCAGCAGAUGUAUUUUGGCUUCCUGGUAAGAAUCUAUGUUACCAGGGACAAUAUAUUGCCCUCUGAUCAGUAUUGUACCCCAAACCCACAAAUUCCUCCAGCCCAAUCUUACAUUCUUUUUUAAAACAAAUACCCAAGCUUCUUUGCUAUUAUUUAUAAAGAGCAUGAGAAAAUGUAUUUCUAAUCUUGGAUGUUAUAUGUUUAAUAUUAAUUUAGCCUUUAGUAAUGUUACAGGUUUUUAUCUAUCCUUCAGAAGUCAUAAAGAACUCAGUGUAUACUGAAUUAAUCUAUUUAGUAUCUGUAAUUUUGCAGACAGAUAUUUUCUUAAGGUAUUUUCUAUAUAACUACAUAUAUAGAAUUAUAACUAAUUAGAGCACAAGAAGGUUCUACAGCAAUUUACAGCUAUCGGUUGUUUCCUGAGCACAUAGUCACACUUGAGAAAUUUAAGAACAUAGUCCUUAGUGAUGCAAUGAAGAAAAUGACCAUUAAAAAAAAAAAAAAAAGUU